AUGGCACAGCAGGAGAAGAAGGCGCCGGAGCUGCAGCAGGACCCGGAGAUCCAGGACUCGGAGAACCGGACACAGCAGGUGAAGAAGGCGCCGGAGCUGCAGGACCCGGAGAUCCGGGCAGAGCUGGACCGCCGCGCCCGCGAGGAGGGCGAGACCGUCAUCAAGAGCGGCGCCGGCGGCAAGACCCUCGAGGCGCAGGAGCGCCUGGCGGAAGGUACGUGCGUGCGUUCAUGCGGGCGUAAGAAGGGCGGGCUGAGCCGUGCGACCGGCUCCGGCAACGAGCGCGCAGAGGGCGAGGGCGGGGUGGUGAUCGAGCCGGACGAGAAGAAGCUCAAGGAGGUCAAGAAGGAUCUCGGGCGCGAAUGA